GUCCUUCCAGGCCGUUGGCCUGAGGUAGGACCAGAUAGGUUUAAAUAGUGCAAUAGGGAGGUGGGUUAUUAAUGAGUGUAGGGUUAGAUGGUAGGGUAUUUGUUUAUUUUAUCCCUCACGCAAAGUAAAAGGGACUUAUACCCCAGUCUAGUUGAUGGCGGUAAUGCAACAUUUAUUGGAUGUCAAUCGCCGUUAAACCUCACCGAAGAACAAGGGCGCAAAAGACAACUUCCUGGUUUGAAGCAGUGAGUGACAUCUUUCGCGAUAGAGGCAAUUUCGUACGUUUUAUUGACGACGGCCUUGUAUUGGAAUGUAACAUAAUCGCUUUAUCCAUCAAGAGUGAAAUAAAUAUUCGUCUGCCACUUUCGGAAAAUAUCACAUUAGCGUACUUUCUCUGAAACGUUAUAAUGGUCCAUGACAGGAGUGAGUAAGCUCAUGGGGAUGAGUGGAGCACAGGUGCAGCAGCAGCGUUCACGGCUGUGGGGUCAGUGACUCUCUCUGUGGGCUCACGAUGGCGCAGGGAUGUCCUCAGCUAGACUAUCACAUCCUGCAGGACCUCAAGCAGCGCUUCCCCGAGAUACCAGAGGGAGUAGUGUCCCAGUGCCUUCUGCAGAACAACAACAACCUGGAUAUAUGCUGCCACCUGCUGGCUCAGGAGAGUAACAGAUACCUCUAUGGGGAGUUCCACAGUCCGGAGGAGGUUCGCCUGAGCCGGAACCACAUGCUUCACAUCCAGUUGGGCUACCCCACCUCGGAGGCUGGCAAGCCCAACGGGGGUGGGCGCUCCCUGGUGCACAGCUCCAGCGACGGUCACAUCGAGCCCCCGCGGGCUGGCUUCCCGGAACCCAUCUCGGCCCCUGCCACCAUGGCCCCCUCGCCGGGGUACAACCCCUUCUUCAUGAACGACCAUGGGGGGCACUCGGCCAGCACCCCAACCCCUCCUCCCAUGCAGGGUAUGUCCCCUACCUACUCCCCCGUUCCCCGCUACACCAUGAACCCCAUCACGGUCUCCCUCUCCCAGAACCUUCCCAACGCCCCCCAGGCCCUGCAGAUCCCCGCCGGUCACUAUGGCAACAGUGGCGGCAAUGCCCUCUACCUCCGUCCCUCCCCCUCCCAGAGCCCCCAGCCCUCUCCUUGGCCUUCGCCCGGGCAGCCUGUGUAUCAGCCCUCGCCCUACGCCACUCCCACCUACCAGUCCCCCUAUAGCUCGCCCCAGCACCAGCCCCACCAAGUACAACCCCUACAGCAGGUACAGCCCCAGCACCAACUCCAGCACCAACCCCAGCACCAGCAGACCCAUGUCUUCCUUCCAAUCAGCCCUCCCACCCUGGCCAGCAUGCCCUACCACCAGCACCACCAACAGCAGCAGCCCAUCUACCGGCCCUACCUGCCCAAGAGCUCCCUGAAGAACCAGAUCGAGAUCACCCUGGAGGGCCCACGGCCCCGCAGCAACUCCCCCGUCCACUGUCCCCCGAGCCAGACUCUCUACAUGGCCACAAGUCCCUCCCCCAGCUCGCCCCAGCGGGGCCUUAGUGGCGGGGGCCCCGCCGCCUUCCACCCCGGGGUCUACCUGCACCAGGGCCCCACGCGGCCCAGACCUGCCUCCUCGCCCCAGCCGGGCAGCCAUGCAGGCUACACCUUCAAGAUCAAAGUGUCCCCAGGCCAGGCUCAGCAGAGGCCCCUCUCAGGCUCCCCUCCCGUGUCCUCCCCUCCGGAGUCUCUGCUCAACAUGGUGGACCAGGGGGAGCACCAUGCGCUGGCCCCGGCGCCCAUCCUGCCCAUCUCGGCUCUGCCCAGUAACAUCGCCAGCCACAUCGCUAACCGCAUGCCCCGCCGGUCCAGCUCAGGCUCCGAUGACUACGCUUACACCCAGGCUCUCCUGCUGCACCAGAGGGCCCGGAUGGAGCGUCUGCUGAAAGAGCUGCUCAUGGAGAGGCAGAAGGUGGAGCAGCUGAAGGCAGACGUCAACGACAUGGAGUACGACGCCCUCCAGAGACGCUUCAGACGAGUCAGCAGCACCAGCCUCAUCCCCCGGCCUGAAGAGAUGACCCGACUGCGCAGUCUGAACAGACUGCUUCAGAUUGAUAUUGACUGCACCCUGAAAGAGACUGAUCUACUGCAGUCUAGAGGGAAGUUUGAUCCGAAAGCUGAGAACAACUUUUAUAAGAACAUACAGACCGGUCCGGUGAUACCACCCAAGCCAGGAAGGAAAGAGGUGGAGCGGAACGCCAAGCCUGUAACUGUGGGGCCCCCUCAGAGAGACGAGGACUUUGAGGGAGGCCAGUGGAGCUGUGAAGAAUGCACAUUCCUCAACCACCCUGCACUCAACCGCUGUGAACAGUGCGAGAUGCCACGCUACACCUGAACGUUGCCCAGCCCACUCCAGCCCUAUCCCGGAUAGUAGUCCCCCCCCCCCACUUCCUCAAUCCCUGUAAACUCCUCCUCCAAUUGGUUCCUGUCCCGCCCAUGUCUUUGUGUGAUGACCCUCCCCCCCCUGCACUUUGGAGGAAAGCGGGAGACUGUUCCCAUGGCAACCUAAAGCGGACAGUGGGUGUGGCUACAGAACAACCAAUGGAGCAUUGUUUUUAGAAUACGCAGGAAGAGGAGGCAUGGUUUACAGAGUGAACAUUCCAUUGCAGAAUGAAUGACUGCCCUGUUUACACGACUGAGCCCAUUCCCAAACCCUGCGGACGGACGCAGGAGCUUCUUACAGUGGGACAUUCCUCUGCAAAUGGCCAGGGCUGCACUGCACUCUCUCUGACAGUGGGACAAUGCAAUGGCUAAAAGGAAGGGUUGGAUGAACUUAUCCUAAUGUAGACUGUACACUGUAUCGGCUCUGUGCCAAGAGAUCCUUCUUUCAUCCAAUGAAGAACACUAAAGAGACUUGCAUAUGAAUAUAUUCCUGGUACUUUUAUGCAUAUUAUGCCCACACAGUAUUCCGUGUUAAAUAUGUUGAUUUUCCUGUGCAAAUGCCUCAAGUUGCUGUACUUUAAUAAAGGAGCUGAUUCUGUGACUUGCUUACACCUGGAA